UAUCAUUGUUACAUUAAUAAAAUGAUGCGCAAUAAAGGACUCGUUGAUAUUAUAUUGUUAUGCGAUUCGCGAAGAAAAUUCGCGAGCUCGCGGCUAGUCUGAGUCGCGUCUGUUUGCGCCUGUUGAUAAGCGACAAGUUGCGGGCGCUGAAAAAGAUGCAAAAAUUCAUGAGUAUCGUUUCGGAGGCAGUGAAGGCCUCGGCGGCGGAGAAGAGGCGCCGGGGCAGGACCACGGCUACGAAGGGCGGCAUACUCGUCGUCGCGGGCAUCGUGUUCGGCUGGGUGCUCUGGCCGAUGAUGCUGAAUUUCGCGAUACACAGGCAAGUGGCUCUGAGGCCCGGCAGCAAGGUGCGCAAGAUCUGGCAGAAAUUCCCGUUUCCGCUUGACUUCAAGAUCUAUCUGUGGAACGUGACGAAUCCGGACGAGGUGACCAAGGGCGAGAAGCCGGUGCUCAACCAGAUCGGGCCUUACUUCUUCGAAGAGUGGCAGGAAAAAGUCGACAUCGUCGAUCGCAAGGAGGACGACACGGUCGAGUACAGUCUCAAGAACAAGUGGAUCUUCGUGCCGGGCAAGAGCGACGGCCUCGACGGCCAGGAGGAGCUCGUUAUGCCGCACAUCUUCAUGCUGGCCCUGAUAAUGGCGGGUGUGCGCGAGCGGCCCAAGGCCAUGCCCAUCAUCAACAAGGCCGUGAACAGCGUCUUUCGCAAUCCGACCUCGCUCUUCGUCCGGGUCAAGGCCAUGGACAUGAUGUUCAACGGGCUGCCGAUCGACUGCAACGUGACGGAUUUCGCGGGGAGCGCCGUGUGCUCGCUGCUGCGCGAGAAGGCCGAGGGCACCCUGCAGAUCGACGGCCCGGAUCAGUAUCGCUUCUCGCUGCUCGGCGCCAAGAACGACACGCCCUCGCUGGCGCGCACCCGCGUACUGAGGGGCGUGAAGAAGCUCAAGCAGAUCGGCACCGUGGUGGAGCACGACGGCAAGGGCAAUAUCUCGAAGUGGGACGACGAGUUCUGCGACACGUUCAACGGCACCGACGGCACCGUGUUCCAUCCGAAGCUGUACGAGGACGAGGACAUCGUGGCGUUCUCGCCCGACCUGUGUCGCAGCAUCAGCUCCAAGUAUCGCAGCAAGUCCAAGGCCAAGGGCAUCAGCACGAAUCAUUACGAGGCGUCGCUGGGCGACCCGAGCACGAUACCCGAGCAGAGGUGCUACUGCGAGGCCGAGGACAAGUGCCUGACCGCGGGCAUGAUGGAUCUGUACAAGUGCGUGGGCGUGCCGCUGAUCGCCACCCUGCCGCACUUUUAUCUCACGGACAAGCAGUACCUGACCAUGGUCGACGGACUGAAGCCGAAUCCGGAUCAGCACAAGAUAUUUAUCGACUUCGAGCCGUUCACCGGCUCGCCCAUCAGCGCCCGCAAGCGAGUCCAGCUGAACAUGAUGAUCUUCCCCAUCGACAAGGUGAAGAUCAUCAAGACGUUUCCGCGGGCACUGCUGCCGCUGGUCUGGAUCGAGGAGGGCAUCGUGCUGCCCAACUGGAUGAUCAGGCAGCUGAAGCUCAGCCACUUCGCCAUCGGUUUCAUGGGAUUCGUCAAGUGGAUGAUGAUACUGACGGGUCUGGUCAUGUGCGGCUUCGCCGCCUACCUCAUGACCGCAGCCGACGGGGCGAACAAGGCCACUGUCAAGUCGGCCAAUAUCGAGAACGAGAAGAUGUCCCACAGUCCCAAUGGCAAGAGCAACGGCAUCAAGACCAUAUCGGCUCAGUUGCCCGUGUCCGUCGAUUGAGCACGAACGAGGAGCAGAUUAAUUUUCUUAUAUACAGCUAAUUUAAAUGUUUUAAUUCAAUCGUUUCUGAACUUUUCUUCAUUCGAGUCUAUGUGUUACCGAUAAAAAUUGUAA